AUGGAGCCGCGGGCCCACAACCACACACAGGUCACAGAGUUCGUCAUCGUGGGCUUCCCAGGUCUGCAGCCGGAGCACUUCCACCUGGUGGCGUGGGGCUUCCUGCUCCUCUACGUGACCACCGUGGGGGGGAACCUGCUGCUGAUCCUGGUGUUUGCCGUGGAGCAGAGCCUCCAGAAGCCCAUGUACAUCACUAUGGUCAGCCUGGCCCUGUCUGACAUCGGCUUCACCACGACGGCUUUGCCCAAAAUAAUCGCGCGCUACUUUUGGGACGACGGGACCCUGGGCUUUUACACCUGCAUCUUCCAGGAGCACAUGGUCCACUACUUCGGCUCCCUGAACUCCCUGAUCCUGCUGACCAUGGCCCUGGACCGGUACCUGGCCAUCUGCUUCCCGCUCAGGUACCCGGUGCUGAUGACCAACCACACCAUGGCGGCCCUCGCCGUGUUCUGCUGGGUGGUGGCGCACGUCUUCCCCGGCAUCAGCACCGCCAACGUGGUGGCGCUGCCGUUCUGCGGGCCCAACAGGAUCGCGCAGGUGUUCUGCGACCGCACGUCGCUCACGGCUCUGGUCUGCGGAGACACCAGCCGCGAGUACAGCAUCGCCUACGCCGUCGCCAUGUUCGUCCUCUGUGUCCCUCUGGCCUUCAUCGUCCUCUCUUACAUUUGUAUCAUAAUCGCUAUAUUGCACAUGUCCACAGGGCAGGGCCGAGUGAGGACCUUCUCCACCUGCGCCACCCAGGGCUGCAUCCUCUCCAUCUACUACGUCCCGCGCCUGUUCGUCUACACCGCUCCCUACAUCCCCAGCCUGAAGAUGAGCCCCGACAUGCGCAUCCUCACCGCACUCUUCUACAGCCUGCUGCCCCCCCUCAUCAACCCCUUCAUCUACUGCCUGAGGACCAGCGAGAUCAAGAGCAUCUUCAGGCGCUGGGUCCAGAAGCUGACAGACAAAACGUGACUUGACAAGUCCUUUAUUAACUAACCUUGUUAUUUUGUUUUAUAUGAGCAUAUGGAAUAAAUGAGGUAUAAAUAGAUAAUGAAUAUCUAGAUACAAAUAAUGCAAAUGACAUUCUAAACUUCUUAUAUGAUAUAUAUAUGAAUAAAUGGAUAUAUAUGAAAAUAUAUGAUGAAUAA